AUGGUUGCCAUGUUUCUGCGAUUGCCACUCUACUCGCUCGAUGCUGGAUGGCUUUCUAUUGAGACAAGCAACGCCUGCUUUUGGAGUAGCGCAAGCUACCCAUAUAUUGCACAAGGCAAUCCCCGCGUCCUUGGCAACGCUGAUGCUUGUCCCACUUCUCAUAACCGUUCUAACGGCUACCUCUCCCUCCGCGAAUGCGCAGCUUUAUGUCUCAACGAUGCCGAGACCUACGUCGACGUGCGGUCCUUCAUCGGCUGUCCCGCUCAGCCAUAUGGGCAGAAUGAAUGCUAUUGCCGCGAAGAUCUUCACAUUUCUGCGUCUUCGUAUAUCACUCACUGCGUUACAUCUGCUUGCGGGCCAGGAACUGUUGAUGUAGAUGGUGCUGUCUCGGUCUAUGAUAACUACUGCUUCACUGCUGUAGGGGCAACGCCGGUCAUUGGUGCUGUCGCCGCGACUACCACCAACCCUGCUGGGACCACUGCUGGCCAGACUUUUACGCCGACAAGUAACGGAGCAGUAGAGACUGGGGAAAAUACCCAAUCGACAGGAGACCCUGGUUCAAGCAGCACGAACGGGAAAGAGUUGACCGAAUCGAAUAAGAUAGCACUUGGAGUGGGUAUUGGCUUUGGUAUACCCUCUGUGAUUGGGGUUAUAAUUGCAUGUGUUAAUUGUAUGCAUCGGUACUGA